CUUGCUGUAUCUCUUUCUACUCCAAAACCCGACGCUGAUCACGGAGGAAGGUCCAUGGAAACCUACUCACCCCCCCGUGCUCCGUAUUUCUCUUUCUAUCUUUACAUGUUUCAGCCGAUGCAGGAAACACACUUCGGAGAGCAAAGGAAAAACCAUAAGGAAUGUCUUUGAUGGUUGACCAUAACCCUUGUGCGAGGGAGUUGGUUUCUGCAUUUGGGUUGCAGAUACGGCGCACAAUCUUGUCUAAGUGCAAGAGGAGUUUUAGAUGGGAUUCUCCAAAAGCUGCCAUUAUUUCGAAUUUUCAUCUUCCAAUGCACAGCCAUGAGUUCAAAACCAGGACUUCGGUGGAGGACAUAAAGCGCCUAAGACUAAUCACUGCUAUAAAAACGCCUUAUUUACCCAAUGGAAAAUUUGACCUCGUAGCUUAUGACUCUCUGAUUCAGAUGCAGAUAGCUAAUGGUGUUGAAGGUGUGGUAGUCGGAGGAACAACUGGAGAAGGUCAUCUUAUGAGUUGGGACGAACACAUAACGCUCAUUGCUCAUACUAUCACUUGCUUUGGAGCCAUUCUCAAAGUGAUUGGUAACACUGGAAGAAACUCAACAAGAGAGGCAAUUCACGCAGCUGAACAAGGCUUUGCCGUUGGAAUGCAUGCAGCGCUGCAUAUUAAUCCCUACUAUGGCAAAACAUCAAUGCAGGGCCUAUUAUUCCAUUUUGAGAGUGUUCUUCCUAUAGGGCCAACUAUCAUUUAUAAUGUGCCUUCCAGGACUGUACAGGAUAUUCCUCCUUCGGUGAUCUAUUCUAUUGCAGAGAACCCCAACGUGGCUGGUGUUAAGGAAUGUAUGGGAAUUGAUCGGAUUGGAGAAUAUGUUGCUCGUGGGUUAACUAUAUGGAGUGGCAAUGACGAUGAGUGCAUUGAUGCAAGGUGGGUUAGUGGAAAAAAUGGAGUUAUAUCUGUCGCUAGCAAUCUUGUUCCAAGAUUGAUGCAGGAGCUCAUGUUUAAGGGUGCAAAUCCUUCAGUUUGUAGAAAGCUGUCGCCAUUGUUUGAUUGGUUGUUCUCUGAGCCAAACCCAAUUGGUGUUAAUACAGCGUUGGCUCAGCUUGGUGUGAUCAGACCCAUAUUCAGGUUGCCAUAUGUUCCUCUUCCUUUUGAGAAAAGGGUGAGUUUUGUUAAAAUAGUGGAGACAAUUGGGAGGGAGAAUUUUGUGGGGGAGAAGGAUGUGCAAGUGCUUGAGGAUGAUGAUUUUAUUUUGUUGUCUCGUUCUUAGAAAACCGC